AAAUAAAUAAUAAGUCUUUAAUCCACGCGCCUCUUUCGUAUCCCCACGCGCAGUCGUGUGUGAUGGCUAAUCCACCAACGUUACCGAUCUCAGACCAUUCCGGUGGUGGUUCUCAAUCUCAGAAAACCGUAUCCACACCGGCGUUUCGCACGUUCCUCUCUCGCCUCUCGUCGUCGAUCCGUCAAAGCCUAUCGCAGCGGCGUCCAUGGUUAGAACUCGUAGAUCGGAGCGCAAUUUCACGGCCAGAAUCUCUCACCGAUGCGUAUUCUCGGAUCCGGAGGAAUCUACCUUACUUCAAGGUAAACUACGUGACGAUCGUCUCCUUGGUGCUCGCGCUCUCGCUCCUCUCCCAUCCUUUCUCUCUUCUCGUUCUCAUAUGCCUCUUCGGCGCUUGGAUCUUCCUCUACCUUUUCCGUCCGUCAGAUCAACCUCUGGUGAUUCUCGGCCGUACGUUCUCAGAUCGUGAGACACUUGGAGUUUUGGUGAUUUUGACAAUCGUCGUCGUCUUCUUGACCAGCGUUGGAUCUUUAUUGACCUCUGCUUUGAUGAUUGGUUUCGGAAUCGUAUGCUUACACGGCGCAUUUAGAGUUCCGGAGGAUCUUUUCUUGGAUGAUCAAGAACCUGCCAACACCGGAUUAUUGUCUUUCCUUAGCGGAGCCGCCACCUCCGCCGCAGUUGCCGCCGCAUCAACUCCUGCGUCAGGUCGUGUCUGAGUUUAAGGACUCUUCUCUGUAGACAAACUCACUUUCUAUGAUUCUUUAUUGUUUUUUCUUAAAAUUGCUUAUGCGAUUAUGUGAGGGAAAAUGUAAAAUUUGAUCGUCUUGGUUUUGACCUCCAUUGAUUCAAACAUGUAAUGAUUCAACAAUUGAUCACAGUCACAUUACU